UCCUAGUUGGCGGCGGGCUUUGCGGCUUGUCAAGCGGCCCAUGAUCGCCCCGGAACCCGGGCUGGAGGAGGGGGGAGCUGCUGCAUGCAUGCGUCCAGCAGCGCAACCGUAGAACAACCUACACUAACCUGCUCAGUAAGUUAUAAAAUCCAGUCCGCCACACACCCGCCUUCCCUCUUUGUCUGCAUUUUCCCCUAAACACACCCGACACCCUUGACGUCAAAGCACAACUCGAAACCUGACUUCUUCAGGGAAGCACACCACAAACGUCAUAACAGCGAGCGACUCCACGACUUCCGCCCAUAUCCACAUAUCCAACUUCACCUUCAACUAUCGUCAAUUUGACCGCCUCGACUACGUAUCUUCUACAAUGGAGCAACAACUACCACGGGAGCUGCCGUUUCGCGCAGCACAGCAUGCGCAGGAUCAGCAACAGCCAUCGCCAGAACUAGGGCCCUCGCCGUCAGGUUCUUCGACAGGCAGCAGCACCCGCUCGCGCAAGUCGAAUCUUUCCCUCGACCUGACCAACCUCCCGCCGCUUAUCAAGCCUACGCCUCCUUGCAACACUCUGAUCUUCACCAACCUCCAAUCCCGCGACAUCUUCGCCCCGGACAACCUCCAGCAGAUCCGCGACCUCAUUUCGCAAACUGCGCGCAUUCACGCCUUUUCCCCGCUGAAAUCCCUCAGCCGCAUCAUUGUCUCGUUCUACAGCGACGAGGACGCCAUCGCGGUGCGCCAGAUCUGGGAUGGCGAAGCUAUAAUGGGCGAGCGCUGCCGCGUCUACUUUGGCCAGCCGACCCCGCUCACGACGCAACCGCACAACCUCGCGCUGCCGGAUGCGGGCAAGCUCUUCUUCAUCUCGCCGCCGCCGAGCCCGCCGCACGGCUGGGAACAAAGGAUGGAGGACGCGCCAAACAAGAUGGUACACGCUGAGGAUCUGGCCGAGGCCCUGGCGAAGCUGAGGCAUCACAACGCGGACCCUGCGGGCGGCAACGCGGCAUCGCCCGUGUCGCCGGCCGAGAGCGGGAGGGGCCCCCAGCGGAGCCGCAGCUCGACGCUGGUGUUUCAGCCGAACCCGGAGAACGGCGCGAGCCCGGACCUGCCUUGUGUCGUUAUCCAUGACAUGACGGACGAGCCCGAGGAUAUCAGCCCGAUCGCGCCCUCGGCACCAAAGCCCAUCAUGGUGCAUACCGCCCGGCCGCCGAUCGAGUUGAUGCAUGAUGCUUGAGCACUGGGGUCUUUAACCGAGAACAACCCCCUCUUUUGUCUUCUUUUCUCUCUUCUGAAUCUUUAAAACCCCACUACUGCUACAGUUGGGAAAUCACAUUAGCCAUUGGCGUUGGGGACCGUGGGAAUGGGUGGUCGGCGUUGGGAUCUCAGGAUGUGCGAUGGGGAGAGGUGCCGCAGACAAAUGCAUGUUACGGUAUUCUGACA